UCUUGCCGUGGCCGUCGCACCUGUCGUUGUAGACGCUUCGUUGUUAGAGCCAUGGAGGCCUCUGAAUCGUUCUUGUCCUCGUACACCGGCCUCUUCUAUUGGGUUGGAGUGCUGAGCGUCGCUUAUUUCGUUUACUCGUUGCUCUUCUAUAUAAAGUAUGCCCUCCGCAUGUGGGUGCUGGGCAACCCUACGGCAGUGGGCCCGCACCUGGGCGCAUGGGCAGUUAUUACGGGAGCUACUGAUGGAAUUGGAAAGGCAUAUGCAGAAGAGUUAGCAAGACGUGGAAUGAAAGUGGUCCUUAUCAGCAGAUCUCAGGAAAAACUGCAUCAAGUUGCCAAUGAAAUAACGGAGAAAUUCAAGGUGGAAACAAAAACUAUUACUGCUGACUUUGGAGACCGAGAAGCUAUUUACCAUAACAUAAAAGCAGGCCUGGAAGGCCUUGAAAUUGGCAUCCUAGUAAACAACGUGGGUGUUUCAUAUAAUUAUCCUGAAUACUUCCUUGAGAUCCCUGACCUAGAUAAAACAAUUGACCACAUGAUUAACGUUAAUGUCAUAUCUAUGUGCAAGAUGACACAAUUGGUGCUGCCCGGCAUGCUGGAAAGGUCCAAGGGAGUUAUAGUGAAUGUUUCCUCUCUUGCGGGGCUUUUUCCAUCUCCAUUUCUUACUCUGUAUUCAGCAACCAAGGCUUUUGGGAAUUUCUUCUCUCGGUGUAUCAGUAAAGAGUACAAGAAAAAGGGUGUCAUUGUGCAGACUGUUGUGCCAUAUUUUGUGGUCACAAAGUUGUCUAAGAUCCAUAAAUCAAGCACUUUUAGACCUACUCCUGAAUGGUAUGUCAAAUAUGCCCUCAACACAGUUGGCCUGGAGUCCCACACUUCUGGAUACCCAGCUCAUGAAUUAUUGGCUUGGGGAAGCAAGUUUGUGCCUCAAUGGUAUAGUACAAAGUUCAUUACAGAAACAGCCUUAAAAUUAAGGGCUCGUCAUAUGAAGAAGCAAAAGGAAAACUAAUAUCCUUGGCAGUUUUGUAUCUACAUUCAGGCACCGACUAUUUUGUCAUGUCUUAAAUUCUGUGGCAAGUGGGAUUGAGGGGACCAAUGUAAACCAAGAGAAAACUGAAUGAUGGCUCCAAGAGAAGCAAUGGAUUACUUGUAGGUUUUAUCUUUUGUUCUGUUCCAUUAUUUUAGAAUGUGGUAUGCUAUGUUUGGCUUGAACAGUAACUAGUACUCUCACUUACUGGCUUAACAUGUACUUAACAGCAGCAGGGUUUUGGAAAUUAUGUCAGGGUGAGAAAUUUGAUAUAAGUUGAAAGUGAACAUACACGUAGUUGGAAUUUGCAACAGAAUGCAACCAGAGCUUGUGAUAAACUAAUUUGUACCACAAGUUCUUAAUUAAAAUCUAUUGGCAUUAAUUUUACAAGGCAAGAACACACAGUGGUUUUGGACAAGUAUAUUUCCCCUACCAUACAUUGGACAUAAUAUAGUUAUAUUAUCAAUAUGAGCAUCCAUCAUAAAAUAUUUUCAUGCAUCCAAGUCCCAUGUAGCUCUCCUUUGGGGUAUUUGUUGGAGUCCAGGAAGGAAGGAAAUAAAGUAGUCAGAAUCCAAUAUUACUGGUAUUAAUUGGAAGUAACCAAAUUGUGAGUUAAGUUUUGAAAAAAAAAGAGCAGUGGAAGCAUAAUAGCCAUUCUUACAGAGCACUGCAAAUGUGAAAUAAUUGCAAUUUGCUGUAUGAAGCAUAAGUGAAAGGGGCUUAAUGUGAUGAUUGCAUAGUUAUAUGUUUACAUUAGAUUAUUUUUGUUUACUAAUGAGAAUCCUUUUAGUAAAACAGUAUUUUACAGGUGAUGGGCCAAGGAGGUACAUAUGAAUUGGGUGGGAAAGGAAUGUUGCAGAUGACAGUAGCAAUCACAAAUCAUGCAACCUAUAGCUUAGCAAUUGCCUUAUAAAUGCCUAAGUUAAAACAACACAAUAACCCACACUCAAGGGUUGAGUGUGGGUUGUUAUUGAACUUGGGGUUGUUGUUGAAACAUAGGUUGUCCAUUUGUUUGAACUCAGUCACGUUAAUAAUCUACAGCUUGUUGACCCAUGAAUAGAAACCAUGGUUUCUUGUUGGGUUGUGAACAGUGGGUUGUUUUUGGUUAGCAAAGCAUGUUUUCUUCCUGCAGUGGCAUUCAGGCAACCUAUUUUUCAACAAUCCACACACAACUCAUACUCAACCCAUGAGUGGGUUAUUGUGUGUGAACCCAGUUACUGUGACUUCAAUCCAAAGAUGUGCUUGUCCAAUUCCCCAUGUACACAAGGGUUUUCGUUCACCUCCACCACCCUGCUGCUCUUGAGAGUAUUACAGUAGGGCAUGUGAUGUGGCACAAAACUCUACAGGAAGAGGAAGUGGUGGAAAGGAAGGUAAAAUCACGUGCAAGUAGAGCUGCCUUCCUUUUGUGCAAGAUCACUUUUGGCUCCAAGUUCAUGUUGCUUCUUGAAAUAAAUAGCUUGAAAAUGGUGGUAAUAAUUUUUUUGUUAUGUUUAUAUUGGCUGUCAAUUAAAUGAAAAGUUUUGUAUUUGGGACCAUAUGAAAAAUUAAGGCAUUAAUCUUUACACUUUCUUUUGCUCAAGCAUAGCCAGAUGGGGGUUUUCAACUGAAAUAAAAUGAAAAUGUGAUUACUUUAGAUCCUUUCUUUCUUAGCUGUAAACAAGUUUAUUUCCAAAGCCACAUGACCACCUGAAAAUGAGCUCACUAUUGUGAGCGAAGAAUCUUAGGUGAGUUAUCACUAAAAGCUAGUGGUAGCUGAAGAAUACUCUGGGGUGAGUGGGAAAAGCAGGAAUUGCUUCCUAUCAAUCCACAUAAAGUUUGGUGUCAUGAGAUCAGUUGCCUUUUCCAACAGAACAUGUACAGAUCAAUCACUCUUGUGUGUAAGUUCAAGCACCUUUAUUGCUGCUAGAAACUUUGUAAUCUCAAUUCCUUAUACUACCCUUGGAGGCAUAACAGGAGGCUCUGAUAAGAAAGCAAAUGUGUGCUUAAACGUUAUUGUAUAUAGAAAAUAAAUGAAAACCGAUGCAAUGGUGCUGAUCAGGAAUGAGAAACAAGUUUUCUUACAGAAUGUGGUUGCAUUUUUUAGUAGAGAGUUACUUGAAAACAGAUGGAUUUUAGCUAAAUAAAGCCACUCUGAUUACUAUUUGGAAAUGGGGAUGGGUAUUUGAGAUUGCUGGCAUGCCUAUGUAUCAGUGCUUUUUUAACUCAUUCUGUAAAACUUUGUUUAAAAUAAAACAAUAUGUGUCUGAA